UCACGCAUUGUUGCGCCUUGCGUUGCUGUUCAUCGUUCACGCGAGUGCGUUCGUUUUCGAAAAUCGUUUUUGUUUUUUAAAAAUCGCCCCCCCCCCCCGCCAUAUCGAGUUUGGUUUUUGCGACCUUCCGCGGUGCAUUAUCAACAGUGGAUUCGCGUUCAAGACGGGCACUAGAUUUUCAACGAAAGUACCUAUAAUAAGACAAUAAUCCAGUAACGUCAGAUGCAAGAAGGCUGUUCUUGCUCAGAUAUACACAGAUAAGAAAAAGAAAGCAUGGGCAAAAGAAAUUCAAAACUGAAGCAAGAUACAAUCGACAAAUUAAUAGAAGACACAUAUUUUUCGGAAAAAGAAAUCAGACAAUGGCACAAAGGUUUUCUAAAGGAUUGCCCAAACGGAUUACUGACGGAACAAGGUUUUAUAAAAAUAUACAGACAGUUUUUCCCGCAAGGUGAUCCAACAAAAUUCGCAUCACUUGUGUUCAGAGUGUUCGACGAAAAUAAGGAUGGUUCUAUAGAGUUCGAAGAAUUCAUCAAAGCUUUAUCAGUAACGUCCAGAGGAAAUUUAGACGAGAAACUUCACUGGGCUUUUCGUCUGUAUGACGUCGACAACGAUGGUUUCAUAACCCGAGACGAGAUGUACAACAUCGUAGACGCUAUAUAUCAGAUGGUGGGUCAACAACCCCAAGCCGAAGAUGAAAAUACCCCACAAAAACGAGUAGAUAAAAUAUUCGAUCAAAUGGAUAAGAAUCACGAUGACAAACUUACACUGGAAGAGUUCCGGGAGGGAAGCAAGGCGGAUCCGAGAAUUGUGCAAGCACUUUCGCUCGGUGGAGACCACAACAAUGCUGCAGCUCCCCAAGCAGCCACCACAUAAGUCUGUCGGAUGAGAGUUAUUUUCCCACGUAUUGACUUUGUUAUUUAUAUUUUUGUGUCUAAUUUUUUGUCUUUUACCUACAUUACAUUAUAACAAUAUUGUAAUUUUUCUUAUAAUAUACUCAAACAUUUUUAUGAAUUUCUAUGUAAAUUACUGUACUCAGAUUAUUAUAGUUAUACUUAAUAGUAAUAAUAAUAUAAGGUUAUAUUUUAUCCAUCUUAGUGGAUAGAGAAGUUUACAGCAUAAUAUGUAGUACUUACGUAUAUAAUUAGGUAUCAUCAGCGUUAUGCUUUUAUGCCUAUAUUAAUACACGAGUUAUACAUACAAUUAUAUUAAUAUACACAGUGAAACCUCUAAAUACCGCACACUCUCGGUUGCUGGAAUAUUGUUACUAAGAAAACGUGAGCUCUUGGGAGUUGUCUGUUUGGGUAGGUUUCACUGUAUAUAUCUAAAUUUUAUUCAUUUUUGUGUGAAAAAUAAAUCUAUAUAUUUGUAAGCACUUAUAUAGUUAUAAAUAUAAAUAUAUAUACAUUCUAUAUAUUCAACCGAUCUAUGCACAAUUAUUUUAAAGUUUUAAACCCAUUAAUCUUUGUAAUUUCGUUAUCUAUUUGUUUUAUUACCUAUACAAAUCACUGUAUAUUUUUACGGAGUACUCGGACUCAUUUUAAAUAAUUUAGUAGAUAUCAUGAACAUUUUUCUAGUCAUUAGUAAUAACAUAUUACGUAGCUUUGUUAAUAUACAUUUCGCUUUAAACCACUCAUGUAAACAUACAUUUUUUGUUUUUAGUUAAGCCCCCGGAAGUUUUUUUGCAUUUCAUAUAGUUAUAUUAAAAUUUAGUUUGAGUAAUAUUCUUAUAAAAAGUAAAUCCAUAAUGUUAAAAAAAAUUUUACUGUAAUACCAACUCAUUACAGUAUACUCGUAGCUUUACUAAAAUCAAAUGUGAGAGUUAAUAUUUUAGGUUCUGAUUAGCUUUAAGCUUACAAUUAAUAAUGUAUUUAUUUCAGGAAAAUACAAUAAACCUGUAUACUUAAAUAGAAUGGAAAUCAAACAUGGAUUGUACCUACUUAAAAACGUAUUUUUUUUCUUAUUGGAAUAAUCACGAAAUUUCGAACUAAAAUUAAAAUUACCACUAAAAACUGCGACUAAAUAUAAGCAAGCUAAAUGUUGGCCAUUUUUUGGGUAAGCCAUAGCUCAUCUAAAAUUAUUAUUGAAAUGCAAUUUCGCUUAAAAAUAUAAAGACGCUUAUUCCAGUAAUCCACCUGAACCUAUUUCACUUGUUCGCGUUUAUACUGUAUACUUUUUUUAUUAAAUUAUGACAUUAACUAUUUGCACAUAUAAUGCACAGUGAAAAUAUUUUAUUUAUAAUUUUAUUUUAACAAUCGUGAUUGGCGUAAUCAAAGAAGUCACCCAUUAUAGUGGCACUUCAAAAUAAACUAAAUAAUUUUUGUAUGUGUGUUUAAAUGAUAUUGCACGUCUACUUUAAUAUUAAAAAUUUGCUAAUAAAUACCGUUAGAUAGUUUUUAUGUACAUUAUUAUUACAUUUGUAAGAAUUUUUUUCAUCCUUUUAGUAACUACCUAUUGAUAUUAUUUUCAUAUGUUUUAAUAUUGUAAAUAUUCAUUUAUUGUUAUGCUUUUGGUUCUGAAGAUAAUGCCUUAUAUACUAAAUAUUAUUGUCUUCUAUUUUAUAUUAUCAGCUUAAAAAAUAAAAUAUUGUUUUGUUUGGAUUAA